AUGAAACAUUUGACUCUUUGCACCAAACCUUCUCAUUCACUCUUUUCUUUUGUUUUCCUUGUGGAUAUUGUUUUUCCUUUCUUACUUUGUUGUCAGAAGCAGGGUGGUCCAUGGGAACUCUUUGGCGGUGAUUGGUGCCAGUUAAGUUAUCCUUGGAUCCAAAAGCCUUGGUCAAGACUCAUGUCUGUUCCUAAGGAGGAAGACUUGUCACAUUCUCAGCUUUCUUCUCACUUUUUCUUGGAUCUCCUUGAUUCCAUCAUAGUUGAUGUGGCAUCAGAGUGUCACAGAGUGGCAAGGCUUGGGCUUGAUUCUAAUUUGGAAGAAGAAGAUGAAGAAUUGAAGCUGUCAGCACAAGCCAGGGUUAGGGUAGCUGAUCCUAGUAAUAGUAAUGAAGCAAAUGGCAAGUAUGUGGUUGACAUAUUCGGACAAACCCAUCCUCCUGUGGCAAAUGAAAUAUUUCAGUGCAUGAAUUGUGGUCGAUCUAUCAUGGCUGGGAGAUUUGCUCCUCAUUUGGAGAAGUGCAUGGGAAAGGGAAGGAAGGCUCGUCUGAAAGUAACAAGGAGCAGCACGGUGGCGCAGAACCGGUAUUCACGAAGUAGUCCAAUUUCUGCACACUCACCAUAUUCAAAUUAUUCUACCAACAGCAUGAACCGGUUGGGAAAUGGAACCUCCACUUUUGCAGGUGAGGAGCACUCAAACGGAACACUCGAGUCAUGA